UUCUGAGUAAAAUACAAGUUAAGCACAAUCAACAGCAUUUGUGGCAUGUUGAUUACCACAAAAAAUAAUUUAGACUUGUCCCUCUUUUUCUUUCAAAACAAACAAGCAGAACAAAAGCGUUGACAGUGGAAGUGAAUGGGGCCAAGUUUUUGGAGGGUUUAAAGGCAAAAAUGUGAAGCUUUUCAUUUUAUAAAAGCAUUUAUAUUAAAGCUUCUGUUAAAACUUGUGUAUUAUUUGAGCCAUAAAGUUGUUUUAAAGUUUGUUGACUACAUCGUCAUGGCAACUAAAUUGUAAAAUUGGCUAUAACUUUACACAGAAAAGGUUAGUAAGCGAUUUAAUCACACUAAAAUCAUGUUAAGACAUAUUGUUUGUCUUGUGGCUAUACUUGUGGAAAAAGUGAGUAUUUUAACGUUUACAGAUUGGUCCCAUUCACUUCCAUUGUAAGGGCCUCACUGGAACCUCAGUUUUUGCUUUUAAAUGAAAAGGAGGGAUGAGCUGAAAUUAAUUUUGUGGUAAUCAACAUUAUGCUACAUAUGUUGUUGAUUGAUGCUGACCCCGGAAUAUUCAUUUGAAACGUUGUGACACUCAUUUUUCCGGAUCUAUCAAGUAAUAAAAAAAAAAUGCAUUUAAGACAAAAACGUGACUUUAAUACCCCUCUAAAAUGACGAUUUCAUAUACUUGCUGUGAUCAAAGUCAUUUUAAUAUUUUAUUUCCAGGGACUUUUUUUUUUUUUUUUUUUUUUUCUCCUGGUGUAGACUAAUAGUCCGUUGUCAAACAAAUUAAAAAAUAAAAGCCUAUUUUGUGAUAAAUGUUGGCAUAAGUAGUUUGAAUGAAUCUUUCACAUUAUUUCUUUAAAAAAAUAAAUAAGCAGUAAAAUAAUGUUUUAAAAUAUUAUUAAUAUUUGAAAAACUUUUGUACACUAAAGUCAGGUGGUGCAACCAACAAGCAAAUAAACAAAAAAUAAAUAAAAUAUUUUUGACAUUUUUAUUAACAGCACAUUUUAUUCGGGUCAAAUAGAGUAUCACUAAGAAAUCUUGUAAUUUGUGACUCAAUCAAUGAUAUUUGUACACACAAAUACACCUUGAAAAAUACAUAAUACAUAUAUAAAAGCUAUACAUGUUUUUUCUAAAAUAUAUGAAACCAACAUAUAAAACAACAUAUUCGUAUGAACUUGAUGCAUGUGUAUUAAACUAGAAUUUUCAUAAUCUUGAACAACCUUAUUUGUCACUGUCCCACUGAACCCUCCGUAUGAUUGUUGUCUUUGGUUCAAACUACUGUAAAGGAAGAGUUUCGAUCGAGUCUCAGCCUCGCCCUUUAAUUAACAUAACACGAUGACGUCUCAGAUCUAACCUGGAUUUGUACUGUAAUGGCACGAGCAUACCGUCGAGCUCGAAAUCUCUCACACUUGCGAUUAGAAAUGCGGAAGUGUGCGACAAGUUGAUUUCGAUCAGUCCCGAGCCAGUUUUAAUGUUUCAUUCUAGUUGGAUCCGCCGGGCUUCGGCUAGGUGAAGAUAACCGAGAACUGCACUACUUUGAAAACUUUGAUGUGAGGAUGUACUUCACUGAUCGAGAGGAUGCUAUGGCUCUGCACGAUCUGAACAGUGGAGAUGAGCCUUUACUCUCAGCACAGUAUAACUCGUACGUUACUCGAACUUAUGACUAUGUCCUGGUGGCUGAUAAGGUUGAGGACAAUGAGGCCCAAAUGUUCAAGAAGCAGGAGGCGUUUAUUAACGAACUGAAACGGAAGAACAUGAAAGUUACUAGUGUUGAACAUGUUGGAAAGGUGUUCAUCGGUGUCUGUGCCCCUGAGGAGGUUUUUGCAAAGUACAAAUACUUGCUAAAGGUUUCUGAUGGCUGUAACUGGAGUGAGGAGCAAAAUUCUUGUCAAGAUCAAAAUAUCCCAUUCUCCACCAGAAUCAGGAUUGUCCACUUUGUCUUACACAAUACAUUUAUAGGAUCAGGAGAGAGUCUUGAAGAUUUGCUGAAGAAUGGUGUUUUUGAGUCCAUUUUCUGUCUGCACGAGAAAAAAGAGCAGAAGAAACUGAAGAAGAAGUGGGCAAGCUGGUUUGCAGUAUUAUCGCUUUUUAAACAGCCAGUCACUGAUGUCAAGGAAUAUUUUGGGGAGAAAGUGGCACUUUAUUACCUGUGGCUGGGCUGGUACACACGCAUGCUCAUCCCUGCAGCUGUCAUUGGUGUUGUUGUGUUCUUGUAUGGCGUUGCCUUCUUCAAUACCAGUCCGCUCAUUAAAGAAGUCUGUGACUCCAACAUCCUCAUGUGCCCAAGAUGUGACAAGAAAUGUUCGGUGUGGAACCUGUCUGACACCUGUACAUACUCUAAGGUGAGCCAGCUAUUUGACAAUGAAGGGACAGUGGCAUUUGCCAUGUUCAUGGCGAUUUGGGCCACACUGUUCUUGGAGCUGUGGAAGAGGCAUCGAGCUCUGUAUGUGUCAAAGUGGAACAUGUUUGAUUGGUGUGAGGAGGAGGAAGAAUUGAUUUUGGAGAUUGUGAAUAAUCCCCAGUGUAAACCAAAAGAGUACAGACACUCCUAUCUGCGCAGCAUACUGGUGAUUCUUUUGGUCACGCUAGUGUUGGUAGUGAUCAUUGGUCUGGCCAAUGCUCUGGUGAUCUGCCGUGUUUUAGCUGCGAUUCUGUUUUCUGAAAGCAAUUGGCAUUUUCUGAGUCAUCAUGCCUCCACAUUAGCCAUGCUACUUGGUGCGGUGCUGCACUACAUCACUAUUCAAGUUAUGACUCGGAUCAACAGAAUUGUGGCCUUAAAACUGUGUGAGUUUGAGAAGACCCGCUCUUUUGCAGCCACAGAAAAGAGCUUCACCGUGAAGAUGUUUACAUUUCAAUUCUUUACUCUCUUUUCCUCACUGUUUUACGUUGCGUUCUUUCUUGGAAGGAUCAAUGGCUAUCCAGGAAAAUACGUUCGAAUAGCAGGAUAUUGGAGACUAGAAGAGUGUCAUCCAAGCGGCUGCCUCACAGAUCUCUUCAUCCAGAUGGCUGUUAUUAUGGUGCUCAAACAAACAAUCAACAACAUCUUUGAGUUCACAGUGCCCUGGUUAAAGCUGUGUUUUAAGCGGACGAAAGCCAAGACGAUACGCAGAAAGUGCGGUAACUGUUACAGAAAAGCAUGUCGAGAGGAGGGGGCUAACUUCGACCCUUGUGACCUCUGCAAGCUUCAUACCUGGCUAGACAACUAUGACCUGAGUGAUGUCAAUGCUUUCAGCUUGUUUAAUGAGUUUUUGGAAAUGGUCAUUCAGUUCAGCUUCACCACCAUCUUUGUGGCUGCAUUCCCUUUGGCUCCUCUUUUGGCUUUCAUCAAUAACAUAUUUGAGAUCAGACUGGAUGCCAUAAAGAUGGUUAGCCUUGAGCGCCGCCUAGUGUCCAAAAAGACCAAUGACAUUGGUGUGUGGACUAGAAUAUUAGAAGCUGUUGGGGUGAUGGCUGUCAUUGCUAAUGGACUGGUGAUUGGUGUUUCCUCUGACUUCAUACCCCGUCUGGUGUAUCGUUACUAUUAUGGACCUUGUGUUAACGGCACUAGUACAGAUCUGGACUGUAUGACAGGGUAUAUCAAUGACACUCUGGCAACAGCAUACAUGUGGAAUACAAACGUGCGAGAUGACUUCAAGGAUAAUAUUGCCGAGUAUGGAUUGAAUUUUUCUCAGUGCAGUUACAAAGACUACCGUAGUAAUGAGGACCAGGCUCUCACCUCACAGUUUUGGCUCAUUCUGGCAAUCCGCUUUGCCUUUGUUAUUCUAUUUGAGCAUGUGGUGGUGCUGUGCAAGUUUGUUGCUGCCUGGUUUAUACCAGACAAUCCCAUCAGAGUGAAGAAUGUCAGGCUAGAGGACAAACUGAGACGACUUAAGAAGGAGCUUCAGGAAAUAAGUGCAAGGUAUGACAGCAAAUCUACUGAGGUCUGAACGAUGGAGGUCCAAACCAGAUUCUGAUCACAAAAUUUGUUGCUGUUACGAGGAAGUAAAGAUUUCUAUAUUUGACGAGGUCAUUAUCUCACUGGCAUUGAUACAAGAUUGCUUUCCCAGUGGGGGACAUAUCUCUGUGCUGAAGCACUUCCAGUGCCAUCAUUUCAUCUCUUUACAGUUUACAGUUUUCCUUUAAAACAAGUCUUAUUUUAUCUACUUCAAAUGGCUGCACAGUACAUUGUUGACUGUGUCAUCACCGAAUCGUAUUUAUCAUGUAAUACAUUUUUGAGCUAAGAAAGACAAUUGGACUGUUUAAAAAGAAAACUGUGAAAAUAUAGAAUCAGGAAGCUGAUUCUUGUUGUUUAUUUAACGUGUGUCUGUGAGGGAAAUUCCCACAAGCCUAAAAAGAAUCCAUUCGUUUUGUUGACAAAAUAUUUUUUUAUUUUUUUAUUUUGUAUAGAAAGACAUUUUAAGAAAAUACAUUUGGGAAUUUCAGUGUUUACUUUUAAACAAUUAAGCUUCUGAAAAGGUUUGUAUUCUCAAUUAAUACAAUAAAAAAAACAUGCUUCAUGAGGAUUUCUUAAAAUUUGAGGACAUGAUUUUCAGGGCAAAGUAUUUGUGAAAAAUAAGGGGAAUUAUUCCAAUGUGUAUUUUGCUGCUUAUAGUACUGUUCAUAGCUUCUUUCAGUAACUCGCUUUUUCAGUGUUUCACCUCUGCUGUUUAAUGUAUUUUUGAUAUUGCCAUAUUGAUGUACUUGACUAUGUUGUAAGUUGUGUUCCAGGAAUGGUAAAAGGAUGAAGUAAAUGUUCAAGACCAAGUUGUAAAAUAAAACAGUCAAAUCUCCUUUUCUCCAUAAGGUGUCAGCAGAAAUCCAUUUCUACAAAGCUGUGUUGCUCCAGACAAAGAAUGAAUAGUUCUUUUCCACAAAGAAAUUCCAUGGUUGCCUUUGGACAAUGUGUAGUGCAUUUUUCUGUCAGUUGCUUAAGAUAAAGCUAAACUACAGUAGGUUGCUUCACUUUGUAGCCUCCUACAAUAAUUUCUAUAAAGUCCAUGCAAGUUUAAAGUUCAGAAACUCAUUUGUUUUUAUACAGGAUGUGAAGAAAGUGUUUUUCUUUUCUAAUUGUUUUGGUUUUCAUAUCAUGACUCCAAACUAAACACUCAAUCAAGGGGCAACAUCUUCUGAAGCCAUUUGUAGUCCAUACAUUGUUUUAUUAUUAUGUGUAAAUUGUUAAUGUAUCUUGUAAUAAUAGCCCUAGAAGAGUCAAGCAAGUGUUAAACUUUGCGGUGACAUCUGUGAAUAACGUUACUGUGCAUGCAUGCUCAAUUUUGAGAUGAAAAUGCAACGGUCCCUAGUUUUAGAAAUGCAGUACUAUGCCUACUCUUUAAAUUAUUUCUUCCUCUUUAAGUGUUGCUCAGUCAUAUAUGGGGAACCGAGUAAUUUCAUGUGUGCAUUUUUCGGUGGGUGUGUGGGACUUUUCCAUUCGGCCGCAUAUACAUGGCUCAU